AUGGAUAGCCCGUAUUCUAAAGAGUUGAAAGUUGCAAUUGCGGCUAUCCAAUCAGCAGCUAAACUUAGCCAGGCCGUGAUCUCAGUUGAAGAUAAAGGAGUCAUUGAGAAAGAUGAUCUAAGUCCUGUCACGGUAGCCGACUUCGCCAUUCAAGCAUUAUUGACCGCUACUAUUCAUCAUGCUUUCCCUAACGAUAAAUUCGUCGGGGAGGAGUCAGCAGCAGAUUUACGGGCCAACCCCGUUUUGUUAGACCGGGUUUGGAUGUUGCUUCGAAGACUCGAGGACGAUGAAGCAAAGUCUCUUUGUAAGCUACCAGAGACUCCCGACCAAAUGUGCGAGAUGAUCGAUUGGUGCGGCUUUGGAGAACCUGGCGGCUCGCAAGCAGGGCGAGUUUGGGUUUUUGAUCCGAUCGAUGGCACAAAAACGUUUGUCCGACGCGAAGCAUAUGCGAUAAAUGUCGCGUUAUUAGAAGGAAGCAGUCAAGUCCUUAGCGUCGUCGGUUGCCCUACCAUUUCUGUCAAUGCUAUGGCCCCUAUCACAAAUACAUCCGUAGACCCAACGGGGCGGGGAUGCAUCGUAUUCGCCGUGAAAGGCCAUGGCACCUACGCUCGCGCGUUAGUAGCGUCGUCGCCCGACGAAGCUCAAGUUCGUAGAAUCGAGCCGCACGCUGAAGCCGAAUCAUCUCAGGCCUUGCGGCCGGUAUCUUGCUAUAACAUGUUGGACUCGGGGGUAGACGACGUCCAUCAACUGAUUAUGGACAGGCUAAAUAUUGAAAAUAAAGGCUGUGACUUGCUCGCAUGGGUUCUUCGAUGGGUAACUCUUGGUAUCGGGCUCGCAAAUAUGACCGUCUGGGUUUACAAGCAGAGAAGUAGGACGGGAAAAAUAUGGGAUCACGCAGGAGCCAUGCUCUUAUUUGAAGAGGUUGGUGGUAAGAUUACAGAUAUUGAUGGGAAACCUAUUGAUCUUGGGGUGGGAAGGAAGAUGAGCGCCAAUCAUGGUUUCGUUGCUGCCCCUAAGGCGCUUCAUGCUACGGUUCUCGAAAUCGUACAAAAGGUUCUACGUGAGCAGGGGAAAGGGCACUUACUUGGUUAA